GGCGAAUACGGCAAUAGCGAGUGGGCGUCAGGCUACUCCAACGAGGAUACGCCGCUGGAGGUGGGCUCCGGCGAGGGCUGGUCCCUAAUCCAGAAGGGUCUUCUCGGUAGUGUUGUCGUUGCUGCGAUCGUCGCCUACAUCAAGAUCAGCAAGUCCAGGGCCGCGAGAGAUGUCGGCUACGAGAAGACCAUGGCGUAA